AUGGACGGCGUAUCAUCCGGCACCCAGCCCGGCGCCGGCUCCGCGGCCGUGCCCGCCGCUGAUCCCCGUUCGCCGGGACUCUCUUCCGCCCCGUCGUCCCAACCGCCUGCAGAUGCCUCCCAACAACAACAAACAUCGUCGCUUCCAGACCAGGGCGGCAACGAGGACCAGCAGGAAGACGCAGAGUCCUACGAGUCCCGCCACGUCCACUCCGUCUACGAGGCCAUCGCCCCGCACUUCUCCUCUACCCGCUACAAACCCUGGCCCCUCGUCGCCUCCUUUCUGCUCUCCCUAUCCCCGGGCUCUGUGGGCCUCGACGCAGGCUGCGGAAACGGCAAGUACAUCGCCGUCAACCCUUCCCUAUACAUCAUCGCCUCGGACCGCAGCGCCAACCUGGUCUCGCUGGCCCGGGACUACCAGCCGCCCUUCUUCAACGAGGACGCCCCGAAGCGCAAAGGUAAGAAUAAGAAAUCUGCUGUCGCCACUACCGAACCUCCAGCAGCAGCAGCAGCAGCAGCAGCAGAGGCGGCGCCGGCAGCGGUGGUGCCACCGCCGCCGAAAGCAAGCCCCAAGAACCAGGUCCUGGUCGCCGACUCCCUGGCCCUGCCCUACCGCGGCUCAGCCUUCGACUUCGCCAUAUCCAUCGCCGUGAUCCACCACAUGUCGACCCGCGAACGCCGCCAGGCCGCCGUCGCAGCGCUGCUCGACGCCGUCCGUCCCGGCGCGGGCAAGGUCCUCGUCAUGGUCUGGGCCCUCGAACAGGGCGACAGCCGGCGCGGGUGGAAAGCCGGCGCGGACCAGGACCAGCUCGUCUCGUGGGUCACCAAGGGGAACAAGACGGAGUCGCAGGAGAAGCCGCGGGAUACCACUUACCAGCGGUAUUACCACCUCUAUCGCGAGGGGGAGCUGGAGGAGGACGUGGUGGCCGUCGGUGGUCGUGUGCUUGAGAGCGGGUACGAAAGGGAUAACUGGUGGGCUAUUUUCUGUCGUGAUGCUUGA